CGCGCCAGCCAAGUUAAUGCCUUAUUCUAAAAUCGUAAAUCACGAAUGCAAGUUUGUGGCCAAAAUGCGGAAUGGCACUUUGAUUCUCAUCGCCGUGGUUAUGACUGUUUGCCUUUUUGCGAAUGUAACUGGAGUAACUCGAUGCAAGGGGAAGCCCAAGGAUUCAAAGUGUGCCGGGAAUCUGGAUGGCGGUAACAAUCGCAAAAGCAAGUGCAAGAAAUCGGCCAACAAAAAUAUGUGGCACUACAAUGCACUGACAAAAAACUGCACACAAUUCAAUUACCUGGGAUGUGGUGGCAAUAAUAAUCGCUGGUGCACAAAAGCAUUAUGUGAAGGCUGCCGACGACCAAGAUAAAAUAGUUUAAAUAUAUAAAAAGUAGUGUAUAUAAAUAAAUAAAUAGAUAGUUA